GAAGCGGGGCGGGGCCGGAAGGUGACCGGCAUCAUGGCGGGCACGCCGCCGCUGCGGGACCGCCUGAAUUUCCUGCACCGGCUCCCGACUCUCCUGAAGGGAACAUCGGAUGAUGACGUCCCGUGUCCAGGCUACUUGUUUGAGGAGAUUGCCAAAAUCUCCCACGAGUCCCUGGGCAGCAGCCAGUGCCUCCUUGAGUAUCUUCUGAACCGUCUGCACAGCGGCUCUGGCCGUGUGAAGCUCAAGGUGCUGAAGAUCAUGCUCCACCUGUGUGGUCAUGGCUCCCCGUCCUUCCUGCUCAUCCUCAAGCGGAACCCCACCUUCAUCCAGGAAGCCGCAGUUUUCGCAGGGCCCCCGGAUCCUCUCCAUGGGAACAGCUUGUACCAGAAGGUGCGGGCAGCCGCCCAGGACUUGGGGACUGCCUUGUUCUCUGACACUGUGUCACCUCUGCCGCCCUCCCAGCCUCCCAGGGCCUUGCCUCCAGCAGGCAUGGGCUCCCAGUCCAGGCCCCAGAGUGCCCUCCAGGGCUUCGGCUACAGCAAGGAACGGGGCCACACAGGCUUUGCGAGUGAAGCCCUCCUCUCCACCAUCCAGAGGGCCGCAGAGGUGGUGGCCAAUGCUGUGCGCCCUGAGCCUGAGAGCCCCAGUACCCAGAGGCCCCCACCUCGGGGUGACGCCUACCAGCCUGCCGUGACGCCUUCAGCCAGCCAUGGCCACCCGACUCCUGGGCACCCACUCCCCAGAGCCAUUCUGGGUGCCCGAGCCACGAGACACCACCCUGGGCAGGCUGGAGGGGGCUGGGAUGAGCCGGACAGCCGCCCCAGCUCUCAGAAUUCUUCCCAGGAGAAUGGCAACCUGAGCAAGGUCUCGGACUCGGGUAGUCGGUCAGGCAGUGACAGCCCCUCUAGGGCCAGCUGGGCCCCCAGCGACAUGGCGGAAAGGGUCGAGGCCAUGACCCUGAGUGACUGCCAGCAGGAGUGGAGCCUGGUCCGGACUGUGAUACAGGGGUCACGUGCCUUCCUGAGCCGAGAGGAGGCUCAGCACUUCGUCAAAGAGUGUGGACUGCUCAACUGCGAGGCUGUGCUGGAGCUGCUGAUUCGCCACCUGGGCGGGACCAGUGAGUGCGUGCAGAUGAGAGCCCUGGGUGCCAUUGCUUCCCUCGGGUGCACUGACCUGCUCUCCCAGGAGCACAUCCUGCUCCUCACCCGGCCAUGGCUGCAGGAGCUCAGCGCAGGCAGCCCUGGACCUGUGACCAACAAGGCCACCAAGAUCCUGAGGCACUUGGAAGCCUCCUGCCGACAGCAGCCCCCUGCCUGGAGGCCCCCGGCCAAUCCUGGCCCUGCAGCUGCCCACGUGGGCCCGUCCGACCUGCUGACUGACGUUGUGCCUUUCACUGGGGGCCAGGCAUUCCUGCAGCCUGUGAGCUCAGCCCUGUUCUCGCCCAAAGGCCCUGCGCACCCCCCUCCCCUGGAUGGCUCCUUACUCCCAGUGCCCAGGGACAACAGGGAGGCCAAGACCAGACUGGCAGGUUCGAGAGAGCAGGGGCCCAGAUCUGAGUGGGGCCCUUCAGGCACAGAUACCACAAAAGGAGUGCCAGAGCUCGGCCCAGGCCCCAGCGGCUGCCCAUGGAGCCCAUUGGCCAGCGGUGGACACAACUCCUUGUUUGCUGGCAUGGAGCUGGUGGCCUGUCCCCGCCUGGUGGGGGCUGGGACUGCUACAGAGGAGCCCCUCUCAGCCACCGGGGUCCCCUGGACGUUGUCACAGAGAGUAGCAGCAAAAGAGCCUCCUGGCUCAGAGCCAUCAGCUUUUGCAUUCUUAAACUCAUGACCACGUCCACUGAGCCUCGUGCAGAGUCUCUGUGUCCCUGGCCCAUGACUCCCAGGACCCCGUAACUUCGUGCUGUCUCCUCUGCCCACAGCCUCUCACGUCCCACCAAAGAGUGGUUCCCCUCCGGUGUCUGUGGUUGGCCUCGAUCUCCCUCUGGCCUCUUGCCCUCACCCACUGAGGACUUGGUGCGGGCAACCGCCCUUCCAGGCCAGCUCGCAGUAGAUGAUAACCAAUCUACUGAUGAGAACAGCCACUGAUAAACCCUGGGUGAUGCUGCAGGAGUCCAGGAAUUAGCCAGAACCAGCACAGCGCUGUGGAAGGGAGUGGUCUUUGCCCACAGGGGUCAGCUCCCACCUCCUCGAGGCCAGUUCCCCAUUUUCCUGCUGGAGGAGGCAGAACACACACACACACAGCCCCUUUUCGUAGGCGUGGUGGCCAGGGGAAUAGUGCAUCUGAGCAAGUCCCCCACAGGACUUGCAGGACAGGUGCAGAGCUGCGCUGGUUUCUAGGCAGAAUGAGGAGCUGAGCUGCUGGAUAAGACUGGCAGCUGGUGGGCCUGGCUGCCGGGUCUCCUUCCUCACAGCCAUCUGGUCAGACAGGCUGAGCACACGUCCAUUAGGUCCCAUUUGCAAACACCAUCAGGCCCCCUCUGCCUGGCUAAAGGGAUGGGAGGGGAAGCAGUGUGCAGAGGGCGCAAUAUGGCCUGCCUGGAGGGGACAAGACAGGAGGCCUCACGACCCAUAGAGCUGUCCUGAGUUCCCGGGCUCCUCACAGGCACAGCAGAGCAGGGCACCCAGCUCCUCCAAGGGGGACAGGUCAGGAGAUGAAGAGGGCCCGUCUGCAGACCGAGCCCCAGCCACGGCUCUCGGCCAACCCUGAGAGGAGGACCCCAGGGCUACCAUAGUUUCCCCCCAUCUCUUUUGCCAGAGACUGGCUAGGUGGACUUGAAUUAUUAACAGCAGUGGGCAGGCAGGCAGCAGGGCCUCAGAAAUGCUGACCUUGGGGUCCUCUGGGGAAACACCUGCCUGCCUUGCCCUCAGAAAUAAGGUUUUUUGUGUGGAUUUGGAACCACUGGUUGGGUCUUUCUUUGGUUUUGAGCUCAGAUUGCUCCCUCUGCACAGGGGUCAUAAGUAGCCACGCACCUUCCCAUCCAUCAGAGUGGGGCCGUGCUGCCAGCCUGGCGCUGUUUCCAGUGUCAGAUCCCUGUGUGACCCUGCUCUGCUCCCUGUGCCGUGACUGCUUCCUGCAGACUGCACGGCCUCCAAGCGAAGGCUCUUGUCCCUGAGAACUGCAGAAGGUGCAGCGUUCAGCUUCCUGAAUAAACACUGUUGUUCGUACCAGC